ACUUGUAGACCAACACUUUACCUCUGGGUCGUAAACCAUCACAUAUAUUAGCAGUGAAUAUUUUUUUUUUCCUUGCCUGAAUUAUGUGCUGAUCUCAUUCAUCUUGGGAAAAGCACAGGGUGUUCUCAUCCAGGCUAUACCUGGCAAGCUGCAUACACUGUGACAGAGGGAGCGAACUUCUGAGCAAGCUCUGCAGUGGCUGCUGUCGGGCUUCUUGUGGUUUAUUUCUUGAGCGAGAGGCCGGCUUCUUCACCUGGCAUUCUUGAGAGAGAUGAAGGAUUAAUCAGCCACUCGAUGGGGAUUAACAGUGGAGCACCUCUUUGUGUCGGCUUUCCACCUCUCUGUAGCAAGAAUAACAACUUCAGCACUUCUUCAAUAAUAAUUAUGAAACUGGUAUUAACUGAAUGGCAAUUAUGGAUUUUUAACUCUAACUCACAGUAAACCAGCAAGCCAUAUGUUGAAAUUCCUACCAAAUAGCUUUUAUUUCUUAAUGUCUUGUAUCUAUACAAGAAGUUGCAAGAUACCUGUUUGUACAAAAGGAAUAUAAGCAUUACUUGCCUGAGGAGCAGAAGCAGAAAGAGAAGACACCCUAACUUGUUCAUGGAGUUAUGGUAGUAUUAUUUAUAUAGAUAUAACAAAUAUAUAUUUUUUAUGGUAAUGAAAAUGGCUCCCCAGAAUGCUGACUCGGAAUCUAUGCAAGUUCAAGAUCUACCUGUGGCACAGCUUCAGAAACCAGAAAACAAGGAGAAUGAAAGUAGGGAGGAGACCAUUAGUGAAGGAUCCAUAGACCGGAUACCAAUACGCCUGUGGGUGAUGCAUGGUGCAGUAAUGUUUGGCAGGGAAUUUUGUUAUGCCAUGGAGACAGCUUUGGUAACACCUGUAUUGUUACAAAUUGGUCUUCCUGAACAAUACUACAGCCUCACUUGGUUCCUUAGCCCUAUCCUGGGCUUGAUCUUCACUCCGCUUAUAGGUUCGGCUAGUGACCGCUGCACACUGAGCUGGGGCCGCCGGCGGCCUUUUAUUCUUGCUCUCUGCAUUGGUGUCCUCUUUGGAGUUGCACUUUUCCUUAAUGGUUCUGUUAUAGGUCUGGCUAUUGGCGAUGUCCCAGACAAGCAACCCAUUGGUAUAGUUCUCACAGUGCUUGGUGUUGUGGUGUUGGACUUUUGCGCUGAUGCAACAGAAGGGCCAAUUCGGGCCUACUUGUUGGAUGUCGUGGACAGUGAAGAACAAGACAUGGCCCUUAACAUCCAUGCAUUUUCAGCUGGUCUUGGAGGAGCAAUUGGUUAUAUGUUAGGAGGGCUGGACUGGACACAGACCUUCUUAGGUGGUAUUUUUAAAUCUCAAGAGCAAGUCCUUUUCUUCUUUGCAGCCAUUAUUUUCUCUGUCUCAGUUGCUCUCCACCUUUUUAGCAUUGAAGAAGAGCAAUAUAACCCUCAGCAGGACAGGAUUGAUGAUGAAGGAGACACACUUUCCAGUGUCAAAUUCAGUGGUAGUCUCCCCCCUCUAAAUCGACUGAAUGUAAUCAGCGAGGAAGACCCAUAUGGAGCCUCUAUGUUCCAUGAUGAGGUUCAAUCAGAGCAUGAUCUCAAUAUGGAGUUCCUUGAGGUGAACAUUGUAAGAAGCAAGAGCGACUCAGUUCUACACAUGCCUGAUGCUACAUUGGAAAUUGAAUCGGAGCUGCUUUUUCUGCAUGACAUCGAACCCUCCAUUUUUCAGGAUGCUUCGUAUCCCAACACUCCCCACAACACAAGCCAAGAGAUCAUGAAGUCCAAACUCAACCACCUGUCUGCUUUCCUCAGGGACAAUGAGAAAGAGGAGGAAAUGUUGCUUGAUAAUCGCUUAAAUGAAGAUAAAGUCCCAAAUGUCAAUGGCUCCCUACCAAAAGAGUUCCUCAACGGACACGCUAGAAUAGGCAUGAAGCAAUCUAGUACUUCAAAUUCCAUGCGAAGGCGGAGGCACAUGUUUUACCGUCAGCCAUCUUACACCUUCUCAUACUAUGGCAAAAUAGGUUCCCACCGCUAUCGCUUUCGUCGGGCCAAUGCCAUUGUCUUGAUAAAGUCCUCACGCAGCAUGAAUGAUAUCUAUGACAUGCAGAAGCGGCAGCGACAGAGGUACAGGCACAGGAAUCAGAGUGGCACAACAAAUUCAAGUGGAGACACAGAGAGCGAAGAGGGGGAAACUGAAACCACUGUCAGACUCUUGUGGUUGUCAAUGCUAAAGAUGCCAAAGGAGCUGCUGAGACUGUGCGUCUGUCACCUCUUAACUUGGUUUUCGAUCAUUGCUGAAGCUGUGUUCUAUACAGAUUUCAUGGGACAAGUCAUUUUUCAGGGCGAUCCAAAGGCCCCUUCUAACUCAACUGAGCUACACGCCUAUAACGCUGGAGUUCAGAUGGGAUGCUGGGGACUGGUAAUUUAUGCUGCUACUGCUGCUGUUUGUUCAGCUUUGUUGCAGAAAUAUUUGGACAACUAUGACCUUAGUAUAAAAGUGAUCUACAUCCUGGGCACGCUGGGUUUUUCUCUUGGCACUGCGGUGAUGGCUAUGUUCCCCAACGUGUAUGUCACUAUGAUAAUGAUCAGCACUAUGGGAAUAGUCUCCAUGAGUAUCUCCUACUGUCCCUAUGCGCUUUUGGGACAAUACCACGAUAUUAAACAGUACAUUCACCAUAGCCCUGGGAACUCAAAGCGAGGAUUUGGCAUAGACUGUGCUAUUCUGUCAUGCCAGGUUUACAUCUCUCAGAUCCUCGUGGCCUCUGCGCUUGGUGGUGUGGUAGAUGCGGUUGGCACAGUCAGUGUCAUUCCCAUGGUGGCUUCAGUGGGAUCCUUCCUGGGGUUUUUGACAGCUACCUUCUUGGUGAUAUACCCCGAAGUCAAUGAAGAGCCAAAGGAAGAACAGAAAGGAUUAGGUCCUCCGGAGACAGCCGAGGGCAACGGCAUGAGUGCAGAGAAGCCAACUGUGCUGAAGCUCACACGCAAAGGAGCUGCCACAUCGGAGCUGGAGAGUGAAUCAGCUGUGUGAGACCAUCGCUUAUUGUUCACUCACAUUCCAGGGAGUGCAGGUGCAGGAUCAAGAACUUUUUUUUUUUCCCCAGGAAAAAAAAAUUAGGGUCUUCACUACUUGUAGCUGAAAUUGCAAAAGAAAAGGCAGUUUCAUGCAAAAAUGUAAAUGAAAUCCUGUAGUCCUUAAUAUAGAUUUGAACAGGUAGCUAUGAUGCUAAUUGCUUUCUCUACAACUUAGAAACGUCAUUUCUGAACACUUUUUUAUUAAGAAUACAUUUAGAUUGCAAAUAAGUUUUAUUAAUCUGCAUGAGACUCACAGUGUAUUCAAUUAGCAGUUAGAAAAAUUAAGUUUUCGGCUGGUUUUAAACUGAAAAUGGAAGCUAUCUUGACUUACAGUCUCUUGCUGUUUUUUUGUCUGAACAUUUCAGAUUUCACUAGUGUAAUAGCCGAAUCAAACGCUUAGACAUCUUGAUCAAUUUUUUCUUAAGCAUGAUAUUAUUGGUCUGACAGCUACAGUUUUUUAGCAUUAAUUUUAGACUUCAUGUUUUUGUUAGUGCAAUUACUACAGAAUAGUUUUAUUUACAAUUAUUUUCAAGAAAAACAAAAGCAAUUAGUGCGGUUUCUAAGAAACUGCCAUGAAUCCUUUCAGUCACACUGUUCAACAGCUACUCCCAAGUCUGCUGCUUGUCAAGAGAGGGUGACAUAGGUGAUGUGAACUGUAGAGGGAAGGAGCAGCAGCUGGGAGAGGUGACCAGCACUCACAGGUUUUUAUCACAAGUGCUGCACUUCAAGAAUGUCGUUGGAAUACGCUGUGACAGUUUUUAGCCUGGUGUUUUUCGUGCUGGUGAACUUGAGGGUUUUCUUGGCAUUUUAAACCUGGUCAUCUCUGGAUGAAGCUGCCAUAGAGAAAGGGUGUCUCUGGGGUCAGCUUCAUGGGAAGGGGGCGUGCGGAUUCUCUUUUGUAGGGAAAGUAAUUGAUUAAUUGCACUUUUUAUGAUCCUUUAACCUCCUGGCUGAGAACACAGCAGCCAAGGUAAAGACACAGUGUCAGUACAACAAGGUGAACCAAAGGCCUACCUCCGUCACUUUAUGGCAUAGUCUGGGUGUAUGAAAAGCUGUGUCAGAAACAGUAUUUAGGCCUUAAAAUUCAAUCCACUAGCAUGUGUUGCUGUUCCAGUCCCCGUGUUGGAGGAAUUGCAGGCUGGAGCUCUUCUGAGCUGCUGUACUGAUGUCGUCAGCGCAACCUCCAUGCCCCCUUCCUUGAUUCAGGAUAUAGCUGCAGUGUAAAGACAUUUUUCUGUGAAGAGCUUGAAAGAGUUGUGCUAAUCUGAUUUAAAACAGCAUUUGGAUCGCUAGCAAUGCGCCCCAGUCCACGGGCAGCCAAAGCUCAGAGAUCCAGCAGUCAUUUAAAGCAACUUUAGAAACUGAACUUCUGUUUGUUGUCUUAUAAGAAGUGUUUGUGAUGCUAUUUACUCAUUUUCGCAUGGGCCUCCGGGCUGCAGUCAGUCCGUCUGCUGAACAGACAAAUCACAGCUCGUUGUAAGAUUUCUGCUGCCUCAGACUUCUCAUACUACAGUACUUUAAAAUGCAUGUGUAAAUCAUGCUGCAAUAUAGUAAUUCAAAAGAAGAAUAUAUAUUUCAAAAUGAAAAGCAGUUUUUAAUAAAUUACUUGAAUUGUCAAUGUAUUUAAGAAAUGUAUGUUUUGGUAUAUUUGAAGUUAACGCGCAGUCUUGGCCAGCAUCGUUGACAAAUUUUGGUGGUGUACAUGGGUUUCUUAGCUGAAGGCUUUCAGUCAGUGCCGAUGCCCUGUGCUAUCAAGGGUGACAAUGUUGUUUUUAGGCUGGUGAAAUCACCGAGCACUAAAGUACAUGUAAUCGCACAGGACUUAGGGGUUUUAGUUUCAUGUGUCUUGAGAAAGUCUUUUUUUCUUUGAGGUGAAUAUUUUUUUAUUUAGAACACAUACUGUGAACUGUGUUCAGACAGGGGAAUAAUACUACUGAAGAAUAUGAGACCUUACUGAAGAAAUCAGUUGUAGGAAACUUUAACUGAACUUCUGCCGUGAAUUUUAUCAUCUCAGUUACAUUUAAUAUAUUCUAGUGAUGUUCAUGUACAACAGAGAUGAGUGUUGUAUUUCACCCUAUAACUGGCAUUCAUGUAAAAUGCACACUGAGUUAGACAUUUUAAAGUGGCUUUAAUAUUUUAUUUUUGAAGCUCCUUGAAGAUUCUUCUUUUGGUUAAAUGAACGCUGUCAAGUAUUCCUUAUUUUAAUCUGUUCCUGGAAAGGUUCUUCUACAGUUUAAAAAAUCUGCAUCUUCUGACUGGUGCCAGCUUUAGCCUUUUCCCCACGAGUUUCAUGGAUCGGUGUGGUUUCAAAGCACCACUACUUCACACUGCACCUUUGUAAGCCAAGAUUUCUUUCACAGCACCAUCGAGCUGACCAAGAUCUAGCUCAGGGGUCCUUAAACUAUGGCCUGCGGGCUGGAUACGGCCCCCCAGAGUCCUCAGUCUGGCACCCAGUAUUUACAGACCCCCCUGCCCCCCCCCCGCCGGGGUUGGGGGGGGAACCAAGCAGCCGCAGAUGGCUGCCUGCCACUGCAUCCGCGCACUGGCCCCCUGGUUAAACAGUUUGAGGACCCCUGAUUCUAGCUGCAGGGAGGAGUUGAAGCUCCCUCUCGUUUCACACCCAGAAGAGGGGAUGUGAAACUGUUUGGGGUAUGAGCUCACACACAUUGAGCUUUUUUCAGUCAGGGGAAGGGUGAGGAGGGAGGAAGGACAUUUUGAACCCAGAGGUUUUCAAAGGCAAGGCAGGCCCAAUUCUGUCCCAGCCAGCACUUGGCAUAGCCUCGUUUCUAAGAAUGGGACGUUCAGAUAUGUAUUUGGAGUUGUUUAUGGGGCUGUUUAAUUACUGUGUGUAACACAUGAAUGUGCACACUGCCUUGCAGCAGGAAGCUCUAUUUCACUCCCCUGUAAAAGCUGAAGGAAAUAAUUCUUCAUUGUAAACACACUGAAGUAUUUGUAGUAUUGCCAGAAGAUUUAACUUGGGGGAGCACCAGCCAAAGUAUCUCCUCCGGUACCUUGGCUGGCCUGUGAAACCACCACACUGGCUUCACUGUGCUUGCUGGUGAGGGCUCCCGAGGUCUUUCGUAGUAAUGCUUUUCCUUGAAUUAGAGAGUUUUCUUUCUAGUCCUGGCACUUCUCAGGGUAGAGCAGGCAAUGAUUUAUUUUUUGUGUGUUCCUUACCAUUUGCUACAGAAAUGAUGAUUUAUUUUUUUUUUUUUUAUGGUCACAAUUAAAAGGUGAAGUAGUAUGAUUUUAUGUGUUUAUUGCAGAAGUUGUGGGAAGAGAGAUUUGAAGGAGGGUGAUUGUUUUUUUUUUUACUCCUUAUGACAGUAAGUAUCAUUUUUUGUUUGUCGGUAUUACUGUAUAGUCCAAUUCAUCCUGCAUGCUCCGUCUUUUUGGACCUUUCCUACAGUAGGCUUAAGGUUUAGUGGUUUCAUUCUGUGUUGCUCUAUACUGUAAGUAAUAUUACCAUAUUCUGCUGCAGUCCUUCUGGUGAUGUGUAACACCUCGGACAUGAGACACUGUUAGUGCUCAGAUUCUUGAGUGCUGUAGUCAGUAAGCUGCACAUCUAGAAAUAUUUCGCAUGAGAGCAGAGAAGCUCUCUUUAACCACUCAGAAAGGUGUAGCAUGGAUUUUUGCACCCUUGGGUUAUUGCAAGAGUCUGAUCAGAUCUGCACUGUUUGUGGAUGGCAGUUUCAGACUCCAGAAGCAAUAAUUUCUUAGGAAUGUUUCUCUUCCUGCUGGUUAGAUGACUUUCAUAGAGAUUUAUUACCUAAAUAGCCUUUUAAUAGCAUGAAUCUGGUCGUUUGCUAGCACUGGCAGUAAGCAGUUAUGGAAAGAUGUGGAUUGUUCAUCAUCAGAAGGGAGGAAGCCAGUAAAUCCAACGGAGGUUAGUGCUCCUUGAAACACACAAUGUCCUUCUCCCUUUUCACUUGGAGCCUUGUUCUAGACUAUGAAAUAUUCCCGGCACGGCAGGCUGAAAAGGAGGCAGCUGCACAUUUAGCGUCCCAGUUUUCUUGCCAGUGCCGAUGCUGGCAUGCAGGCCCCGUGAUGAAACAGGCUUGCGUGAAGUUUUCCACAGAGGCAUGAAGCAAGGGCUGAGCCCUUCUUAGUCCUCCCCCAUCUGAUCUGAAUCCCCCCCUCCGCACUUGGAAUGACAGUGGCAACAACAGUGAUUAUUGCCAGGUACCUCAUUAAAACCUCACCUCUAUCAUUAGAAACACAUUCACCCGCCCUCGGUUUGUGGCGAGCUUGGUCUUCCUCCAGCAUUCACCAUUAAAGGCAGGAUUUGCAUGGCUGCUAGUAGGGUCUUGCAGCCACGCAGGUUGAGGUUACAUUUACAAAUAAAGGUGGAGAAAUUCACAGUUUGUUCCUGCAAGAGCUCCUUCCAUGUCUGGGCGGGAGGGGAGCUGAGGGGCACUGCCUUCCCGGAGGCAUGUCACAGGGGUCAGCGUUCGUUUUCAGUGCUCGCUCAUGGUUUCAGUAACUCUGCAUAUACACGUAGCCGGGUUGCACAACACUCCGUUGUUCAGUCCCUGCGACAAAUCGUAGUUCAGUCACUGAGAGUUGGGUUUUUUAGGUGCGUGUGCGUGUGUCAAUGUAUCUGUGUGUGUAUACAUUUAUAUACACACUGCUCGGGCCAAAAUCUCUUUGGGUGGUUGUGUGCUUGUCAUCACUGUACUCAACAUUUUCAACUGAGUUCUUCCAGAUUUCCUUCAUCCUUGUCUGAUGCGAGACGAGCUCAGCUAUAAAUAUGUAUCCUAUUUAAAUAAUAAGUAAACUCCUGCAUGAUAUUCCAAGCACAUGUAGCAGCUUCGGCAUCUGAAGUAUCUAUUGUGAAAGAGAAGUUGGUUUUUAUUUGCAGCUGUUUUGUCCUUCUUUCCUUUUAAUAGGCCAAAUAAAUGUAACGAACACCAAAUGUUGCACAGAGAUGUUAUUAAUGACUGUGUAGAAGAAAUACCAAAUUUUAUUUUUCUUUGCAGAAACUUUAUGGUUACAGAGAGUUCUCUAGCUGUUAUUCUUCCUUAAAUGACAAAGCUGAACGUUUGUAAAGUGCAUCAAAAAUGGUCAUUUUUAAAAAGUGGAGCUACCCAAAGUUUUCUCUUUCUCAUGUUGCAUCCAGAACAAGCCAUUGGCAGAGGUGAGCUGCAGAAGCUCAGAUAUCAACUGGCUUUUUGAUUUUGAGUUGCAAGACUCAGCAACCCAGUGAGUUAGGAAAUAGUCUUAAUAACAAAUAGGCUCAACUGCCUUUUCUUACUGUGGCACUAAUAUCUGCAAAGGUCUGCCCAUUAAGAUGUUCCAGUUUUUCCUGUAAUUUAAAUUAAGUUCACCUCCCCAAACACUGUUUUUAUUUGGUUCCUCAACCCAAGCAGCCCUGCAGCUCACCUGUCUUUCAAUCUUGCCUUCCCUUGCCCGGGAAGCACAGCAGACCGUGACGGGUGCCCAGGAAGGACAAAUACCUUCCACCCCUAGAAGAGAGCAUCUGCUAAAAUUAAAAGGCUUUUGAUGCCCUUGUGACCUGCUGAAACUUUAGCAAACACGGUUCGAUUUGAAUACAUUUUUUCUUAAAUUUUGAAGUUGAGGGUGAAGCUUUAGGAACAUUUAGCCGAACUAGGCAUCCCCUUAUUUAGUCUGCACCUAUUGAAUCCUUAAUGAUAGCUAAAUUGUAGUAAAUAGCCCCAAAAACCAGAAAGACUUUUCUCUCAACAAAUUGGCAGUUCCCAACAUUAAUUUUUAUUUUUCUGGUGUAACAUGAACACUAAGCCCUUUUGGUAGCCAAAUGACCAGCUUAUUUUAAAUGCCUCAUAUUAAUAGAAAGCUGCAUAUAUAGGCAUCUCAUAGCAGAAAAAAAAAAAAAAAAGAAAAAAAGAAUAUUUAGUUCCUUUGUGAACUGGCCAUAUGACAACUACUUUUUUAUCAACUUAUUAAGUUGGGGCACUAUAAUAGCUCUUGCUGAGUUUAGCAAUGUUUAUAAGCAUGUGUUAAACACAUAAUGUUGUUUUAUGAGGAAAAAGGGAUAAAGAAAAGUAAUGUCACAGAUGAAUGUUUGAGUGCGUAGAUGGCAUAAUGUAUGUAUGAUUUUUAUUUCUACACUGUUGAGCUUAUUUUCUGUUUUAAGGUUAAAAGAAGAGGUUUGUUGCAUGAGAACUAUUUUAUUGUGUUCUGCACUUUCUGUUCUUUUUGUAUAAUCUUGAUUUUUUUUCAUUUAUGUAUAGAAAAGAAAAAUCAAUUUAGAAAUAUUCUACUCCACAAAACAUUGUGUUCCAAUCUGUUGUUCAGAAGUUCGAUCUUAAUAAACAUUUCAGUAAGA